AUGAUUGCAAAACCCCUGUGGAACAAAGCCUUUAGAGGAAACAGCCGUGAGAACAUCCCUACCCAGAAACAACAGCUGGAACAUCCCUACCUAGAAACAACAGCUAGAACAUCCCUACCCAGAAACACCAGCGAGAACAUCCGUACCCAGGAACAACAGCUAGAACAUCCCUACCCAGAAACAACAGCUGGAACAUCCCUAUCCAGGAACAACAGCAAGAACAUCCCUACCCAGGAACAACAGCUAGAACAUCCCUACCCAGAAACAACAGCUGGAAUAUCCCUACCUAGAAACAACAGCUGGAACAUCCCUAUCCAGGAACAACAGCGAGAACAUCCCUACCCAGGAACAACAGCUAGAACAUCCCUACCUAGAAACAACAGCCAGAACAUCCCUACCCAGGAACAACAGCUAGAACAUCCCUACCCAGAAACAACAGCUGGAACAUCCCUACCCAGGAACAACAGCCAGAACAUCCCUACCCAGGAACAACAGCUAGAACAUCCCUACCCAGAAACAACAGCUGGAACAUCCCUACCCAGGAACAACAGCUGGAACAUCCCUACCGAGGAACAACAGCUAGAACAUCCCUACCCAGAAACAACAGCUGGAACAUCCCUACCCAGGAACAACAGCUAG